UGAAGACUCUUCCUCUCCCUCUCCCUCUCCCUCUCCAAUCCCUAAUUCAUUCUCAUGGAUUCAAUUGAGCCGCCAUCGUUUUCGCUAGGGUUUGAUCUUGAUGCUGCAUUGGAUCCCCAAUCUGAUUCCCAUCAAAACCCUAGCUUUUCCGGCGAGCAUUUAAUUGGGGACGAGCCUGAGCCAGAGCCAGAGCCGGGACUCACGGUUCCAGAUUCCGAUCAGGAGCUUGAACCAGAUUUUGCGAGCCCUGUUCUCAAGCGGCUGCGACGAGGGAUUAAUCCCAACAAGUGUCCUGCGGAAGAUGAUAGAGGCGUGGCUAGUGAGUUGCUAGGUUGCAGGGAGGAUCGGGAUGAUGAUGACAUCGAGGAGUUUUCUUCUCCAGAGGAUUCGUCUCACACGGAUGCACCUGCAUCAACAAGGAGUCAUUUUUCUAGUUGCAGCUCAAGGGUACCACUUCAUGGUACUGGGGUCUUGUCUAAUCAGCCUUCUAUCUCCCGGGGUAAAAGAAAGCAGUCGGAUGUUCCAGCAUCUGCUGGCUCUGGGAUUAGUUCUGUUGCAUCCUUGUUUCAGAGGUCAACUCGUAGUCCUCUGCGAAGGUUCCAGCUUCUAGAUUCAGAUUCAGAUUCAGAAGAUGACCGUCCAUCCGCCAGCAGAGAUUUAAGCGGAGUAACUACAACAACUAAUUCAUCCUCAAAGGAUAACCUAUCUGUUCCAAGUAAACCAAAGAGAAAGGAACCUGGAUCUAUCCCCUGUAUUAAAGAUCUGUGGAAAGAUUUUUGCCCGGCAAGUUCCAAGAUUCAAACACCAGCUUUGGAUGAUGUUUGUCAGGACUAUUUUAGCUCUAUCAAGACGACUAGCGCAUCUCAGAAACAAAGCAGCGCUGUGGCAAGUAGUAGCAAUAGUGGAUAUCAUAACGAGACUGGCUUUCAGCAAACUGGGCAAUUUUUGGAUUUGUCCCACCCUUCUCCUCCAUCUCAUCGUUUCUUCUUGCAUAGUGAUCCAAGGAUCCAGAAUCUAGCUCGACAGCGGUUACCAAACUUCUUGCCCCUGGGAAUUGUCAAUGAUAGGGAGAGCCAGCGAGAGGUGUUCCUUGUUGAUUAUAUGAAUCAAUUUGGCAGCAAAGGGAGCUCGAAAACUGGAGCCUCUAGCAGCAAAAGCUCCAGAAGAGGGCAAACAAAGUCAAAGGUUUCAAAGGGCCAAGAGAGCGCACACACUUCUGGAGGCUGGUUGAAUCCUAAAACGAGUUCUGCAGUUCCAACGGAUGCUGGGAAAAGACGUGUAUCAGCUAAGAGUGGCUCUGCAGGUCACUGGUUCACAUCCGCAGAAGGAAGGAAGGUUUAUAUCUCUAAAACCGGACAAGAGUUCGCAGGUCAAAGUGCAUAUAGAUGUUACAAAAAGGAGACAGGAGGCGGGUUUAAGAAGUCCAGAAAGAAACGACAGCCAAAGAAGAAGGCGAAGAGUUAAAGGGAAGGAAGCCAUUGUUUCCUUCUAAGAACUCAGCUGUUUCGCAAAGGAAUCCUCUGGAUCUAGGGACUACAUCUGUGACGGUGGUGUUUGUGUUCUACGAAGAUCCAAGACCCCGAAGCUUGAAAAGGGUUAAUACAUUUACUUUUAGUUCUUGAAGCUAUGUAAUCGAUAUUUUUUGUAUUUUCCAAUUUGUAAAGAUGCAAACUGAAAGAGAUUCACGGGUUAGCACAGAUUUAAUUUUAUAUGUUAUACAAUUUGGUCAGAAAUCAUCAUGAUUCAUGAAAUUUGUUGACUAAAAAUUUGAAUUUGAUCCUUGAGAUCCUCCUAAUCAUAAAUUCCAACACCGAUGAGUGCCGGUUAUUAUA